ACGUCUGUGCGGAAUUUAAGGGUCAAGAGGGAUGCCGCGCACGUCGAAUUUCCGAGUUGUGCGGCCAGGACGCGGAGCACGCGUCACUCUCCCGGGCGGCCGCGGGCGGGAGGGUCUCGCUCUCCUCCCCUCGCCGCCGGGCCAGCCGCGCUCUGAUUGGCUGCAGCCACUGCGCGUGCGCCUGACGCGGGGGCCCCCGGCGGGCUCUCGGGGAAAAGUUACGCACCCACCCGCGAACCUUGCUGAGCCGCUCGGCGGCCUCCCGCAGCAAAGGCCAGAAAACUCCACUCAGGUUGGGCGCCGAUACUCCGUGGGUUGCAGGAGUGACAGCGGUGCUGUCACAAGGAGCUCAGAGCCCUUCUUGUUUGCGAUCGGCCGCGCCCAGCCCGCUGACCCGUCUGCCAGGAGGGCGGUUGUGUUCGAACCCGGGCAGUGUGGCCAGCCCGUUCCCGCUGGAUGCCGCGGAGGAUGUUUAUUUGUUGCAGUGGAGAGUUGAUCCCAGCAACCUAACUUGUCAUGAAUGGAAUUUAAAAGUGAAAGACUUCAGGAUGGAUGAUGAACUUCCAGAAAGGGGGAAAAAAUGGAAAGUGAAAAUCACCAUAAGCCGUGUUGCCAACUAAAUGUUUCUUUAUCCUUUGUUGAGAAUCAAGAAAAAUUAUUUCUUGCAUCAUAUAAUCUACCAAGAAUCUAUUUAAUUACUGUUUUAUCUUGGUUAUGCUGGAAAGCAGAGUCUUAGAAAAAAGUAGAGGGAUUGCUUUUGGGAAUUUGAUUUCAAAUAACAGGAGUGAGAGGAGUGUAGAGGGGAAAAAAGAAAAUCCACGAAAAAUAGGGUAGUGUUAUCAAGUAGUUCAAGCCAUUGUUACUGGUUGUUUAGUGCCAAAUAGCUUCCAGAUUCCUAUUAAAUUAUAUCUCAGAGAUAAAAGGGAGAAGCAUUUAUUGUUUACAGUUAUCUCCUAUGUGUUAAGAACUUGUUCCCCUGAGAUGUCAAUUUCUCUAUUCCUCUGAAUGCAAAGACAUAAGAGCUAUGCUAUGACCAGAGCAUCAUAAGUUGCUGCAUCACAGAGACCUCGAGACAAAAGCUAAAUUCUUAGUGCAUGCCAAAACCUAGGCAUUGUCAGCACGAAGCAGGGUGAAUCCUGCCAAAGACUGUUACCAAUGAUGUGGUUCAAGCUAGAGGUUAAAACGAUGUUUGAUGGGGCUGGAACAAUAGCACAGCACAGUGGGUAGGGCAUUUGCCUUGCACACUACCAACCCGAAUUCAAUUCCCAGCACCCCAUAUGGUCCCUUGAGCACCACCAGGAGUAAUUCCUGAGUGCAGAGCCAGGAAUAAAACCUGUGCAGCGCCAGGUGUGACCCAAAAAGCAAAACAAAAAAAAAAAAAAAAAAAGUUUGACAGGACAUUAGGGAACUUAUAAGUCUCCAGAAUAUGCUACUAGUUUUGUCUAAAUCUGUUUCUUCUUUUCAUUCUACAAUUAAAAUUUUUAUGACCAGAGUAAGAUUGGCAGAAAGAUUAGAUAGGAAGGUUAAAGGUUUUUAGGUGUAUAUUACUAACAAUUUUAAUCUUGGGUGAUAUUUAUAAUAAAUAGAAAGUGAUAGAAGAAUUGGAAUAUUAAAAAUGGAUUUUACUUGAAAAAUUGGACAUUAGAUUUAUUUUAAAAUCAUAAUUUCAGAAAAUAUUAUUUGGAAAAAUGGAGAAAUAAAAUGAA